CAGGUGACGCCCCGCUGAUCUCGCCCUGCUGAGGAAUCAGGUGUGGCUGCAGGGAGUCAUGCUGGGUCGACCUGUUUGAGGCCUUUCUGAGACAAGGCUCCUCAGGCCUUUAGCAGGCGGAUCAAUGAAGCUGAUGGAUAAACACUGGCUGAGCUGUGAUUCCCUCCGUCUCCCAUCCAUCCAUCCAUCCAUCCAUACAUCCAUCCAUCCAUCCAUCCAUCCAUCAGCCAACAAUGCAGCUGUUUAAAGGCAGCUGGUGGUCGUGCGAGCUCCAGUCAGCAGUCAUGAUGGCGGUGGGAGAACUGGUGCUGGUGCUGGGCUUACUGGUGAGCGCCCACUGCGAGGUGAGGGCUCGAGACCCCGAGGUGGAGGAGGAGGAAGAGGAGCUGGGAGGAAGAACAGGGGGAGGCGUGUUCUCUCCCCACCAAGGAGGAACCGAAGACCCCCAGAUGGGAGGGACGGGGAGCUAUCCAUCCAGAACCGGAAACUGGUGUCCGUUCGUACAGGAGCGUGUAGUGACGACGGUGGUUGUGUGUGGAAUUGAAAAAUACACCAUCAGGUCUCAGAGUCCGUGUCCGAGUGGGUCACCCAAUUGUCAGCUGGUCAUGUACAAGCUGUCCACGCGGCCAAUCUACAAGGAGAAACCGAAGAUCGUCACCAGUCUGCUGUGGCGCUGCUGUCCGGGACACGGAGGACGCAACUGCGAGGACACAGUCUCUGAUCCUCAGCUGGACUCCGGAAGCUUGGGUCUGAUUACAGUAUCUGAACCAGAGAGAAUAGAAGUGCAGGCUCCAGCUGUCAAGGAUCGGCUCCAGCUUCAGCAAGCCGACCUGAACCGCGAACAGAACGACUAUCAGGUAGCUGCCCAGGCGCUGUAUGACAACAGCUACGCAAACACCCAGCCAGAGCCCAACACCUCGCAACCCCCUGUGGGCCCAGGCCACAACCCCCAUCAUGCACCACACCAUGGUAUGAGUACUCACAACCGCCACCGACAACAAGACCCCUUACGACCACAGGAACCGUAUCGACCGCAGGAACUACAUCGACCACAGGAACCGUAUCGACCACAGGAACCGUAUCGACCACAGGAACUACAUCGACCACAGGAACCGUAUCGACCACAGGAACUACAUCGACCGCAGGAACUACAUCGACCGCAGGAACACCACCGACCAGCUGUAGAUGAGGUGGUUGCCGCCACCCUCCCCUACCCAGAUGUUCCUGCUGCCCUCCCCGUCCCCCACAUGAUGGCGCUGGUCAUGUCUCAGCUCCAGCCAGUCCUGGAGGGUUUCAACCGCUCUCUGGAGCACCUGAGCCGGCAGGUAGGUGACCUGGCCCGCGACGUGGCCCAGCUGAAGAGCAGCCAGCUAGAGGCGGAGCUACAGGCGGGACCCCCGGAGGGAGUGGAGGAGCCUCUGGAGGACAAACUGGACGAGGCCUUUCACCACAUCAGGGAGCUGCGGAGGCAGGUGGAGAGCCAACGCAGCGACAUGGAGAACAGGCUGCACUCCCAACAUGCAAUGCUGCACUACAACCUGACCAGCUUCAAGACGGACAUCGACAUGAAGCUGAAACGCCACCAGAAGAUGCUGCAGGUCAGCCUGCAGACCAUCAAUGCCACACUGUCUGAGCUGAAGUUUGACCAGGAUCAGAUCACUGAGGAUGAGCCACAGGAUCAUCUCCCUCCACCCUCACCGCCUCCACCUCGGCCGCCACCCCCCUCCGACACCUCGGCACUGUGGGAGGCCAUCGAACGUCUGGACAACAUGGUGGUCAACAACACGGUGAAGGUGAACGGGCUGACGGAGGACGUGGAGGGGACAUCGGGCAGCGUGCAGCAGCUCAGGCAGCACAUGAAGGAGCUGGAGAAGCUGAUCAACAACACGGCCCGGAAGAGCCAGGUCCUGUUCAUGGAGACGGGUCUGGAGGUGGAGGACGCCAAGGUGUCGGUGCUGCGGCGGGUGGACGAGCUGGCAGGAAACCUGACGCAGCAGGACCAGCGGCUCCAGGAGAUGGAUGUGGACGUGGACUACCUGUACACCAUCCUCUACAAGCACAACACCACCACAGACUGCGACUGCAAGGCCCUGAAAGCUGCUGUGGCCCGACUGGAGAGGGGCGUGGCCAACGUGACGGAGCUGGCCAAUGAGAACAGACUGGCCCUGGAGGAGAACAGCGAAGGAGGGGCGGGGCAGUGGGGCGGAGCCAGCGACUGGGAGCCAGCGGUGGAGGCGCUCCAACAUGGCCUCCAGCAGGUGAAGGAGUCUCUGAACUCGGAGCAGACCACGACCAGGAUUCUGGACCUCAGUCUGACCCAGCUGAGCGACUCGGUCUCUGGUCUGACGGAGGCCGACAUCAAACUGAACGCGCGAAUGGAGCACCUGUCGGCCUCCUUCAACUCGCUGCUCAAAGACGCCAUCCGGCACAGCGAGGUGCUGGAGCUGCUGCUGGGCGAGGAGGUGCUCGAGUUCCUGGACUGGCCUCUCCAGGAGCAGGAGGCCAACUCGGUCCCGGUGCUGAAGGAGCAGCUGAGGCAGCUGCAGGAACAACUGAAGGGACACGACGAAAACAUCAGGACGCUGCAGAGCGGCGGGACAGGAGUCAGAGAGGAGGUACCGUCUGCUGACCAGCCCCCCUCCUCCUCUUCCUCCUCCAACCCCCUGCAGGACGACUGGCUGCCUGGUGACAUGAGGAGGAGCAUCAGUGGCCUUCCAGCCAGGGAGCGCCAGCUGCUCCUCCAGGGCAGUGACCUGUGGAACCUGGAGAAGACGGUGGAGGAGCUGCAGCAGAAGCUACUCAGGCUGGAGGAGAGACCCUGCCCCUGCCCCAACAUCUCCACCAACAGGGAGGCGCCGCCCGGAGGCCUGGAGGCCAAGCUGCAGGCGGAGGUGAUGUGGCUGAAGAGAGGGUUGGAGGAACAUCUGAGGGUAUUCAAAAACGUCUUCAGCAACGCCGACAGGUUGGUGGGAGCUGAAGUCACGCUGGACCUUGACAAGCUGUUUCAGCUGCUGAAGAACAAAGACGAGAAGAAAGACAGGAAGAGAGGAGGAGGGAGGGAGGAGUCAGGGAGAGGAGGACGCCACAGGAACAGGAGGGACUCCUCAGGUGUCUCCAUCCCAUCUGACCAAUCAGAAGGCUCCCUGCUGUUUGUAGCUGGAUCUCCUGUGAGCGUCUCCAACAGCGGCAUCAUCUUUGAACCGUCUCUGAACCGUGGUCACAUCUACUCGGACGGCGGCACCUUCACGGCUCCAGGGGACGGGCUCUACCUGUUCCUCCUCACCUUGGACCUGAGGCCAGGCCCCGCCCACGUGGUCCUGAGGAGGGGACGGGGGGGCAGAGCUGCGGUGUCUCUGCAGCGGCGGAACGUGGCGGAGGCGGGGCUUUUCACCGGCACCGGCCUCCUGCUGCUGAGGGAGGGCGAGGAGGUCCGGCUGGAACUGAAGGAGGGACAGUGGGAGGAGUCAGAGGACAAUGUGUUCGCCGGGCUGCUGCUCCACCGAACCACCUGAGCUGCUGGGGACCAAUCAGCUGACAGCCAGAGGACAACCACCAAUCAGAGACUGUGGGGGACGGGGUCACCGAGGGUCAGAAGCUGUUGUUGUGAAACACAUUUCAGUCUUUAAUCCAAAGCACCUUACAGAGUCAUGAACUGGAUCAAACCUGUCUGUGGACCUUUAGCUGUUUAGAUUCCAGCACGAAAAUUACACAAGAAACAAAACUAAGCCAGCUAAAAUGAUGUUUUGGGGCAUUUUUUAAAACUAGAACGGGAAAGUCAUUUUUAUGCAUAUCUGUUUUGAUGUUGCAGAAACAAAUAUAAAAUUCUGACUUCCCUCAAUAUAAGUCUGUCAUUAAUGCUACAGAACAAGAAAUAUAACAAAUUACCACAAAAAAGCCCAAAAGUGCUUAAAAACAAGCAUAACAGUGUCUCAAAUCAGUGUAAAACAAACAAAAAAGGCAUAAGACGGGUAUUAACAAGUGCAAAAGUCUUGUAAACAGGACCAUCGGGCUACAAAUAUGCAAAAAACUGAUUAAAAACAACCAUGAGUACACACAAAACAGUUUUAAAAAGAAACAAACUGGCACAAUUAUGACCCUGAAUGGGCAGAGAGAUGCUACAAGUGCAAAACCGCCAGAAAUGUAUGUAAAACGACCACAUAGUUACAAUUCUAUGAAAAAGAACCAUGAAUAGACAGAAAACAACUAAAUGUAGUUGUAAAAGAAUUACAAAUAAACAAAAAAAAAAAAAAAAACGACACGAUGGUUAAAACCAUGCAGUUUCUGGCAAUUGCACCCAACUGGCUGGAACAAUUUUUGCAAGGGUUCGGCAUGUUUACGCAGAUGCACAUAUCUGACGAAUCGCAGUCUAGAAUUAUAUAUUAUUAUAAUCAAAUAUUUUCUUGAAAACUGCAGAAAGAAUUUUUAAUGCCACUGAGAAUCAAAUUUAAUGCUUUUUAAUGCCAUUUAAGGCCUUAAUUUUCACAAAAUCGACUUAAUGACUAUUAAUGCUUUUUAAUGCCCUGCAGAAACCCUGAAACAACUGAAAUAAAACCGACUGCAAAAUAUUGUCAGUUUUCUGCCAGUUAGCUUAGCUUAGCAAAAAGACUGGAAACGGGUGGAAGCUGCUAGCCCGGAUCUGAUGCUACAUUCACAUCACGUUUGAGCACGAUGCUAAGAAACUGUUAAAAUGAACCAGUACUGCAGCUGUGGUUGACACUGAGCGGUUAACUCUCUAAACUCCAAGCACUUUCUGUGUGGUUAUUUUUGCUUCUGUCACAUUUUUCCUCACUUUGGGCUCAUUUUUCACUGCAGUAUAAAGUCCUGCACCUCCAUGAAACAGAAUGUAGAGAGAACUCAGAAAUGUCUUUUGGGCAGCAUGACACAGGUAUAAGGCCAUAAAUUAUGAAAAUUUAAACGCUAAAGUUGAUUUUCUUUGAUUGAUUUUACAAAAAAAAUAAUAAAAACCUGAAAGAACAUUUUUCUAAGUGUCCACGGGCAAAAAUGGUGACUCUACAUAUUACAGAUAUUUUACUACCUAACAUUUUAAAUUAAUUUCCUCUGAAUUUUUGUAACAUGAUUGCUGGUCACACCUGAGUAAGACAUGAUUUCACUGUUCUGCUGAGAAGAGCAGAAUUUUGUUGUUUUUUUUUGUUUGUUUUUUUUUACAAAAUUUGGUUAAAGUUUUUUUUUUUUUUUUUUUUUUUUUUUUAAACAUAAGAUAUGCAGAAUAAAGUGAAUUUAGUGGCAUCGUGAUUUUAGGAUUAGAUUUGGUUCAGCUUUCUGGUGUCCCUAAUGGUCAGUUCAAGGACUGUAGGAACAUUGAAAAUCCAACCAUCCUCACACAAUUUGUGGCUCUGAAAAGCGGUGUAAUUUUGGCAUUUUUAAAAAAAAAAAAAAAAAAAAGAUAUGCUUUUCAAACCUGCCGGCGGGUUUUGGAGUUCAGAGUUAAUCUGUCUACAAAUCCAGAGUAUCUUUUCCUGCUGAGGCUAUUUUAUGAUUUUACAAACCUGUAUGGGUUCAUAAUAAUCCACAGUUAACCUUCAUGUUGUCCUCAAAAUUCACCCGUUUUAAAGUUUGAAAAUGUGGAAAAAAAUAUAUUUUCACAGUGAAACUUCUGAUGUCCACAUUUUCAACAUUUUUGGGAAAUUUGUGAACAUUUUUUGGUGGAAAAAAAGAAAUGUUAAACAUGUUUCUUAAAAUGUUUCUUAAGAAAAAUCUUAAGGAAAAAUCAAUCUUAAGAAAAAUCCAAAUCAUUUUUUGUGAAUGUUCUUAAAGAAAAUAUUAGAAGUUUUACUGAUAUAUAUGUCAUCACUUUAGAUAUUUUUAGGAUUUGUUUGGAAGAUUUUUACAAAUUUUUGAAAAUAUUUACAAGAAUUUUCUUGCCAUUUUUUUUUUUUUUUAAAGAAAACUUUUUUUGAAUUUUCUUCCUGAAGGUUUUGCAAAUUUUCAGAAGUUUUUGGGUCUUUUUCAGACAAGGAAACAAUAUUUUUUGGUGGCCGUAAUUUAAGACAAAUGGAGGGUUAAUGAAUCUGAAAGCAAAUAAAUUAAAUAAAAGCUUAAAAAAAUAUCACUGUAACAGCAGGUCAAACAGAUCAGCUGGCUUCUGAAUAAGACUUUAAAACAUUUUUUCAUCUGUCUUUCACAUUGUUUAGUUUUAAUUUGUUGAAAAAUGUAAAAGAUUAAGCCAUUUUUGCUUUUUCUUCAAUUUUAGUCUUGUUUUUUCUGCCUAAAUGAAUUCUGGGAGAACUACACUUCAACUACCGUUCAAACGUUUGGGGUCACUUCUAGAAAUGUCCUUAUUUUUGAAAGAAAAGCAGUUUUUUUCCAAUAAAGAUAACAUUAAAUAAAUCAGAAAUCCAGUCUACAUAUUGUUAAUGUGGUAAAUGACUAUUCUAGCUGGAAACAGCUGAUGUUUAAUGGAAUAUCUCCAUAGAGGUACAUAGGAACAUUUCCAGCAACCAUCACUCCUGUGUUCUAAUGCUACAUUGUGUUAGCUAAUGGUGUUGAAAGGCUGAUUGAUGAUUAGAAAACCCUUGUGCUAUUAUGUUAGCACAUGGAUAAAAGUGUGAGUUUUCAUAGAAAACAUGAAAGCGUCUCGGUGACCCCAAACUUUUGAACGGUAGUGUUAAUCAGCUCCAACAGUUUUUACAUUCAACCAAACCAGUUUCAGACCUGCUGGUCACAACCAGCUGUUUCCCUUUCGCCUCCUGUCUUUAAUGCUAAGCUAACAACUCCAGCUGCAAAACAAAACUGCAGCUGGACUCUCCAGAAACAGCCGAGCAGUGACUGGCUUCUGCCUGAGGAUCAACAUUAGUUACAGACUUCACAUGAGGAAAAUAUUUGAGUGUAAAGUCGCCUGUAUGUUUGUAAAGCACAAGCAUUACAAUGCAAAAACACACAGAGCAGAAUAUAUUUAAAUAAAUAAAGGACCAUGUUGUGUUUAAACUGUCAGCAGCCCGUAACUUAAUAAAGUUUAUAUUUACUGAAA